AUGGGGUUUGACCAGACGGAGGACACCGAAUGCCUGGAGAUUAUCUCACCUGACAGACGGUGGCUCUUGACUCAGUGUGCAAAACGGAAGAUGGCGGUGUCUGUUCCCACAGCGAAGAGGACUUACCCGGCAGGGGGUGGGGAAAGGCGUGAGCAGCGGGCGCUGUGGGGGACCGUGUGGGUCGCGCUCCCGCCUGAGUCGGAGCCCCGGGCCACGAUCCUGCACCCCCAGGGGAAUGGCGGGGAUGAAGCCCGAGAGAUGGGACCGCCUCGCUCUGAACCAGAGCUGCUGCUUCGGAGCAUCCGGCUCGGGGCGCGCAAGUGCCGCUCCCCCGUUGGUGGCGAGGACUGCCUGCUUCCAGGCGGUCCGAUUCGGCUGGAGGGAAGGGCGUGUGGCGCCUCCCAGGAGGACCCUCUGCCCCACAGAGGACGCGGGGCACGGCCCGCCUCCCGCCGCUUCGUGCCCCGUUCGUGCGCGGGCCCUUCUGCGCGGAGCGCGGUUCUCUCGCGCCCGCGGGGCCCGUGGCUGUUCGCUGAGAGUUCUCCGGAGCAGCCCUGCAGUCCUGCGUGUUUUACUCCGCAGCUUCACACGAGCGAACUAAACACGGGGCACGCGGGGGGCGGCCUGAACCUUCGGUCGGUAACGGAGCAGAGCGCGCUGGAGGAGUUCCUGGCUUCAGCAGAACUAGCAGGAACUGAAUUUGUGGCGGAGAAACUGAAUAUCAAAGUCGUUCCUGCGGAGGCCCAGACUGGUCUGCUGACAGCAGAAGAAACGAAAAUGAUCCAAGAUCUGCAUGAUCAGAACAAGCAAUUCUUGUGCAUCCCAAGAAGGCCACACUGGGACCAGCGGACCAGCCCUGAAAUGCUGGAACAGGCAGAAAGAGACAGCUUCUUGCAGUGGAGGCGGCAGCUUGCCCGGCUGGAGGAAGACCAGAAACUCCUUCUGACCCCAUUUGAACGAAAUCUGGAUUUUUGGCGUCAGCUGUGGCGAGUCCUUGAAAGAAGUGACGUUGUGGUUCAGAUAGUGGAUGCCAGGAACCCCCUGCUCUUCAGGUGCCGAGAUCUGGAGUGCUACGUGAAGGAACUCAGCCCGGAGAAGGAGAACCUUAUCCUGCUGAACAAAGCUGACCUGCUGAGCGAGGAGCAGCGCUGCGCCUGGGCGCGGUUCUUCGAGGAGGACGGCGUCAGAGUGGUGUUCUGGUCAGCGCUGGCAGAGGGGAAGCGGCUGGCUGCCGAUUCCAAGGGGCCCGCAGUGGAGGCGCUGCCGGGCCUGGGUGACGAGCGGCACGCCUCGCACCGUGGCAGCCUGGGAAGCACGGCCGAGUCCCACUCGGGGAGUGAGGAUCAGGAGAGCAGCCAGGAGGGGGACAGCGACGUCUACGAGGACUGUGCGGAGGAGGAGGAGGAGGAGGAGGCCUGGCUGACCUGCUCCGAAGAGGAGGGGCACUGCGCGCCCCCUCGGGCUGGUCCCUCGGAGGACGUCCGAGCGGAUGGUGCCGAGAGCCAGAGGCUGGGGCCCUGUGGGAAGCAGCCUGUCAGGAACAGCGGCCACCUGGUCCAGAGGGAUGAGCUCCUGGAGAUCUUCAAGGCGCUUCACGCGGGGAAGACCGUCAGAGAGGGCGCGGUCACUGUCGGGCUGGUGGGCUACCCCAACGUUGGCAAGAGCUCCACAAUCAACACCAUCCUCGGAAAGAAAAGGGUGCCGGUGUCUGCCACGCCGGGCCGCACGAAGCAUUUCCAGACGCUGCACGUGGCGCCCACUCUCUGCCUCUGCGACUGCCCCGGCCUGGUGAUGCCCUCCUUCGUCUUCACAAAGGCCGAGAUGAUCUGCAGCGGGGUCUUGCCCAUCGACCAGAUGCGGGACCACGUGCCCCCCGUCUCCCUCGUCUGCCAGCGCAUCCCGCGGCCCGUCCUGGAGGCCACCUACGGGAUCAGCCUCAUCCAGCCACGAGAAGACGAGCCGCCCGACCGCCAGCCGACGUCGGAGGAGCUGCUCACCGCGUACGGAUACGCCAGAGGUUUCAUGACGGACCACGGACAGCCGGACCAGCCGCGCUCGGCCCGCUACGUGCUGAAGGACUACGUCGCGGGCAAGCUGCUGUAUUGCCACCCGCCCCCUGGGGCUGACCCCCAGGCCUUCCAGCAGUGGCAGGAGAGGCCUACAGCACGGGAGGCCGCACGGCGGGAAGCCCGAGCACACCCUGGCGGGAAGCCCAGGCCGGAGAGGAUCGAGAACUCGGUGGAUGCCGCCUUUUUCCACCAGGAGAACAUCCGUGCCCUGACUAGAGGCAGCCGGUCUGUGCUGGGCCACAGUGCGUGCCCCAGCCACCAGCUGCCCUCCUCCCCUGCGCUCAGCUUGGAGGGCAGCCCCGGAAAGCCCUGGAAGAAGCACGGCAACCGGAACAAGAAGGAGAAGAUGCGCCGCGUCGCCAGGCACUUGCAGGCCUGAGUGGGGCUGCCCCCGGGCUUCUGUGGUGCCCCUCGGGUGGGUGGGUGGGGGGCAGAGGCCCCUCGCCCGAGGCCCCUGCUGCGGCUGAGCCCGGCGGCCCUCCUCGCUCACGCCAGAGUCCUCGGGCAGGGCCUUGCGGUGGCUCUCGGCUGGCCUGUGGAGGGGCUUCUGCACGUUCCCGCCCGAGCCCGCCAACUGCUGCACCGUCACUUGGAAGGAGCGUGUGGAAAUAAAGUUUUCUUACAUUUCUAA